ACCGCGCCAGACUCACUCGACUUGUAACAACGGGCUCAUCCAGCGACAAUGUCCGACAACCCGCCACAAGAGGGCCAGGGCCAAGCUCAAGCCCAGCCCCAGCGCAAGCGCGACAUUGCAGCCGACAUGGCCUCCAAGCUCUACAAGCUCAGCCUCGAGAAGGGCGAGCAGGCCCUCGCGGCCGGCGAAAUAGCAGUCAAGCAUGCCGCCGGGCUUGGGCCACAGCCCAACGUCGUGCCCGUCGCCACGCCCGACGUCCAGGCCAGCCCAAGGCAGGUCAUGGUCGGCUGGCACCCGGUGCCGGGCGCCAAGUGGUUCUCGGACUCGGGCAUCGGCAAGCUCAUUACCGAGAAGAUCAACAAGUAUCCCGAUCCGACGCAGCACUGGGCCGUGUUGGUUGGCGAGUAUGCGCACCAGCUGUGGAUGGACGAAAACUUCCACAUCAUCUACACGAACGCGCGGGUCAAUCUCGACGAGUGGCACAUGUUCCCUGUGGGCAGGACGCACUUCAACGACGAUGCCGUGCGGAGAACUGCCGAACACGUCAUCGGGACAAUGCGCUCAGAGCGCCCAAUGUACAACCUGAUCUCCAACAACUGUCAGACGUAUGCUCUGCAGCUUCUCGACGCGAUCAAGGCCGGUGGUGGCCACCGCUUCCCGACCACGCUCGCUGUGUGGAAGCAGCUACUGGGGCCCGGCAAGGUCGAGGACCUGUUCAACCCCGACCACCUGCCAGAAGUCGAGGGCCCCGAUACAGUCUCGGCAGCCCAGAAAGUCAUGGACGCGGAGACGACGCAGCUCGACUCGCAUGAGCAGCACGCCAAGCUCGUAGGUGACGGUGGUGUGCCGGGCGACAUUACGGCCGGGGGUGAGACACCGGCCCUGCCUGCGCCUGGCGACGUGCCGGCUGUUGUCCCCGGCGGUGAAGGGGCAGCAGCGGGGGCGACAGACGUGCCGUUCACAGUACCUGCUGGGGAGGCACACGACGGUGUCGUGCCCGACCCAGACGCUACUCCAGGGCCGGAGGCGCCGUCCCCAGCCCCGGCCCAAGAGCCAGCCCCAGCCCCUGCCCAGGAAGGCGAGAACGGAGACAAGGAGCAGAAGGGCGAGCAGAAGGACGGCGCUGAUGCCGAGGGGGGCGAGCAGCAGCAGGAGAAGAAGAAGAAGGGCGCCUUUUCACGUCUCUUGCAAGCUGUGCGCAAGUAACGACCUAAUAGUGCGCGUACUCACGGUUGCGCAAGAGCAGCGGCGGCUGACAGCCGCUGGACAUACAUAUAAUACAUGUGAUGAUAACUGGC